AUGCUGCGCCAUGCUGCCCCUGCCUUCGUUCAACGGAGCCUGGGGGGCCGCCUUUGGCGACUUUUCGACGGAGCCUUGAGCGCGUGCGAAGUGAAGGAGGUUUUGUCAGGUGUUGCUGCCUCACCUUACUUUGGAAGAAAUCGUAGUGGCCAUGAUUUCUAUCACGGCACCGAGGGCUUCAGUUUGGUCUUCAGAUCUGCUUGGCGCGCACAGGUGGAACAGCAGUUUCCCUAUUUCCAGCAUCUCUUUUCACAGACUUUGCAUCCGGAAUGCAACUGUUUCUACCUUACGGUCCUGUUUGCGCGCCGCGAUGGUCAAAGAUAUCAUACCGACGACUUCUUUGAGAGCUAUGGACGGAAAGCGCCCCGUCCCAGCGAUCUUGUCUCUGUGGUGUACUGUACGCCUGAGGCCAUUGAGGGUGGCGAGUUGCUGCUUCUGAAUGUGGAUGCAUCUUCCCCUCCCAUCCACCGUGGACGUGAACCACCCGAGACGAUCCUGGCGCAGCUGGCGCCCAGCUGUGGCCGCCUGGUGCACUUCGACGGCCGGCUGCUGCACGGCGUAGCGCCCUGGAGACCGGCGCAGAAUGGCGAUGCGCACGGCGUAGCGCAACGGGUGAGCGUCGUGAUUGAGCAAGCGAAGCUCUCGCGGAUCAUCGCCCGCCGGGUGCCGAGCUUCAGCGUCUUUUGUCAGCGGCGUCAUCGUGAAAUCUCCCUGGCGGUUUGAGGAUCCAUCGCAGGGCUUCGGCCGCGGAUCCACUGUGGCUGGCUGGAAAAUCCUCAAAGCACAUGAAGGCAACCGCAAGCAGUGCUCCUGACGACAUCUCACGACCGAUACCUUGAGAACUUGAGAACUAGACGUCUGGGCACAUUUCGGCCAUUGUUUGAGCAAAAAUUGCCAGUCGUGAGAGAUGAUGCGAUGUGUUCGAUUAGGCAGAGCGCAGGGAUUUCGUUGCGUG